AUGGCCCUGGACAACAUGGCAUCCACAGCACUGCUGCCGGUGCUAGGCGAGAACGUCGGCGCGAGCCUUUCCUACGUGCGCUUCAGCAGCGUGCAGGAAUACUCGGGGGAGUUCUUCCAGGGGCGGCUGUUGCUGAACGCCGUGAACCGUGCACUGUCUCCUGACCGAAAGCUGUCGCAAAAUGACAAGAUAGGAGUAACGCGAAGCCUACAGCUGCGUCUUAUGGGCCGCUUGCUGCUGCAACAACAAGCUUCGAUAACUGUACGGGGAUACGCGGCGAUCAUGUUAGCCCGUUACUUAGCGCCUUUGUCAUCGAAGGCACUAACGCGCGUACAGCUCAGCGAGUACGGUAGAGACAUCAGGGCUAUCCUGCUGUCAAUGGGUGGAUGUGUGACGUUGGCGGCGGAGCGCUUCUCUUACGCGACUGGCGAUAUGCUAGCCCGCUGGUUCUUUCCACCAGACAAGACGGCCGGAGUGCGGAGCAUCGCCUCGCGUGUCUUUAACGCAACCCACACUGGGUGGAUUAAACUCGGCUGGACGGACGACGCCACGCGGCAGCAGGGCCUGCGACAGCUUGGCAGCUUCCACACGGUGCUUGGACGACCGCAAAGCCUGUCGACGUUGGCACAGCUCGACUCGUUAUACUCGUACCUGCCGGUGCUUCGCGGGAGCUUCACAGAGAUGCUGUUGUCCGCCGAGCGAUCGCGAGCCAUUUUAGCCACUAGGCUGCUCGGCACUUCACGCCCCACGUUCCUGCCAGUCCGGUCACAGUUGCCCAUGAUUGUGGCGAACGCCUUCUACGUGCCCACACAACACUCCAUCGUCGUUCCACCGGCUUUGCUGUUCGCGCCCUUUUUCGACCUACGUGCACCGGCGCCCAUGAACUAUGGGAGCUUGGGACACGUCAUCGGCCACGAGGUUACGCACGGCUUUGACCCCGAGUUCGGCGGUGACGAAUGGUGGUCGGAGCGCUCUCGCUCCGCAUUCAGGGCGAGGCUCGCCUGCCUCCAGCAGCUGUACAACAACGUGAGCCUCGCCUCCACGGGCAUCCGUUUCGGGGACACGGCCAAGGAAGAGAACUUCGCCGACGCCGGUGGCAUGCGCAAGGCGCUGGAUGCCUUCAAGACACUGGAGCCGCAGAGCGCGGAGAGGCUUGGAAAGCGCGUCUACUUCGCCGAUCAGCUUUUCUUCAUCAGCAGCUGCCACAAGUGGUGCUCGGAGGAGACGCGUGAAAGCAGCGUGCUGUCCGAGGGCGUCAAGCGACGCUACUCGCCGCCCCAGAUGCGCUGCAACGUACCGCUAAUGAACACUUGGGAGUUCUCGCAGGCAUUCGGUUGCCUCGACGAGUCUCACAUGAAACUGCGGAAAACGUGCGACAUAUUUUAA